CUUGAACUGAAUGUAAGUGUAUGAAAAGUGCGAUUUACCAACCCAGUAGCAUACACGCACAAAGCAUAUUCAUCCAACUAAGCAGCUUCCAAGGCUGGAUCCAACCACAAUUCAUUUGUACAACUGAGGUAGCAAAGGGCACCCCAUCCAAACACAGAAUAUUCAUCCAACCUAGUAGCAGCCUGACAGCGUUCCAAGCCUGCAUCCAACCACAAUUCAUUUGUCCAACUAAGGUAGCAAAUGGCACAUUUUUAACAAAAUGUUUUACCCAACUGGGGAGGAGUGUGACCAACCACGCAGAGUGCAGUAAGGGUUUAAAAGUCAGGAUUUUGAAAGGUUAAUUAACUGUCUGCUGUUGCCAUGACUCAACUGCAGAGCCUGUCUAGGUUCAGGUUCACCUUUGAGGACUGGGUCACUCAAGAUGAACGGCAUAUUAAGGCCAGAUUAACCAAGGAAACGUGCAAGUAUGCUAUAGUGGUGAAUCAUGACAACAAACUCGUGGGGUUUGUCAACGCUAACAAAAAAAGACUUGUGUCCAAAAUUCGAGACUGUAUGGAUAAUCAACCCAAAAUUGAGACAGUUCACAAAAUGGUAUCGGAUGUUGACGCAGACGCGGAGCACCUAGCCAUGAUCAACGGUGGAGGAAAAUUACUACUACGUGUAGGAUCACCCGUGAGUAGAAAGCGACGUGUGGGAAAGAAACUGAAGUUUGCAAAAGAAGUGCAGAGAAAACUAGGGAACGCAUGCACUGAUGUGAGUGGAACGCGCGGCGCUGAAAACAAGAAACGUCGUGCAGUAAUAUUGAAUGAAAGGAAAGAAGUGGCACCUCCGUCUGCACAGAACUCUGCAGGUGGUGAUGUGAGUAAAAUAGAGAUGAGCCGGACAUAUUUCAAGAAAGCGCUUUUAAGGCGUUUUAAUGAGUCAAACGUGCGACACGAGAGCACGAGUGGACCGACAGAGUCAUCUCCAAAAGCCUGUUUAGUUCAGGUUGACGCCCAGCGAAACCAGGCCAUCACAGAGGACAUGGACACAAUGCAGACAUCCAACGUCCCGGGCUCCUCGGUGACCAGUGAUCCUUCCAAGCUGAAGGACAACAUGAUUUGCAUCAAACCGGUGCUAUGGACUGUACUGGGUCACUUAAACCCCCCUAUCUACCAGAUCGUUCCUAUGAAACUACCACAGGGCUGCACUAACGUGAGCUCAGCACUCAAGUAAAAGUGCCAGUGCGGGUAGAAAAUGCAAGCUCCCCUCACCUGCAUGUAGUUUUCUUUCUUAAUAGUAGUUUAAUCUUUCUGUUAUGUAAUUAGCUAAAGUCUGAGUCAUUGUUAUGUUUGCUUACAAUUCAUAUCAUUGAAAGCUCAGCUGUUGGUGUUAAUUAAUGUACCUAUUAAUAAAGACUCUUUCUG